AUGAUGAAAGCAGAAAAGAAAUUAGAUUAAGGAUAUAAAGAGAGAGUUACAUAAAUCUUAACUCUUUAAAAAUAGAAAAUUUCUUCCUUGCUUUGUCUAAAAGAUGAUUAAACUUUUUAGAUUAAUUGCAAAAGCUUAUUGGCUUAAAUAGAAAAUGAUUUUAUUUUAAUCAUAAAUGAGAGUGAUUAAUUGUAAAAUAAGAACAUAAAUCAAUAGUUGUUAAAAUUAUUAACAGAUGCUUAAUUUAGAAUUUAUUAAGUUAUUAAUUAAACUGAAAAUAUAUCUGAAAUAGAAACUCUUCUUAAUGAUUAUAAUGAAAAAUUAGAAUAAAUUAAUAAAUAUGCAGAAACAUUAACAAAAAAUAUAAGUUAAGAUUUUGAGGAUAAAAACUUUGAUUUUUAUGCAUUGUUUUAGGAAUGUAAUGAUUAAUUUAUUACCUAAACCAAAAAAACAAAAAAUUAUUAUAAAUAAUUUAAAAAGAUGUUAAAGCUUAAGUUAGAUUUGAUAUUAUAAUAAUCUUCAAUUUUUAGAAAAAUUGAAACAACAAAAAAGUAAAUCUUAUAAGAUGAUAAAUUGUAAGGGCAAUAAAAUCAACCUUAAGAAUAAGAGCAGCAAAAUAUUAGCAUUUUUAUUUAAGAAUUUAAGGAUCGAAGAGAUAAUUAUUUUAGUGAAAAACUAAAAUCUUAAAUUAGUAAUAGUUUAUUUAAUUCAGCUUAUUAAAAGAAAGAAUAAAUAAUUAUCAAUUUGAAACUAACAAACUUUUUAUACUUUUUUUAUUCAUUAUUUUUUAGUAGUUAAUUUGAAUAAGUAAUUAAGGGAGAUAAUGUGAAUGACUCAAUAUGGUAAGAUAUAAAAAAUGCUUAUAAAGAUAUUAAAGAGAAUAUUUUUGAUUUGAUUAAAUUGAAACCAGACCAUAAAGUAAGGGAAGGAUUAGUCUUCAAUUUAAUAAGACUAUAAAAUAGUGUCUAAGAAUAAUAGAUAACUUCUUUUACAUGUAAAAUUUUAUCUUAUAUUUGGGUAUUUGAAAAAGAUUAAAGAGUGAGAAAUUUAUUAAAAAAUAAAGAAUUGAUAGAAUUUUAGAAACAGCUUUUUUCUUAAACUUUAGAUAUAUAAAAUGGAAAAGAAAGUAUAAUACUCAUCCUAGAUAGUUAUGACGAGAUGAAGUAAGAUUGUAUUUAAUAAAAUUUAUUAAUGACAAAUAAACUGUUUCAGGAUUUGAAUAUUAAUAAAGUAAAUCAUUAAAUGAAAGUAAUAAUUACAACAAGAAAAGAGAUAUUGAAUACGACAGGUUACUAAACUUGGUUUUAUGGAGAGAGCAUUUCAACUUUAAAAGAAAUUUAAUUACAAAAUUUUAAUGAGGCAUAGUAAAAUGAAUAUUUAAAUUAAUAUGUUGUAUUGAGUAUCAAAAGGAAAAUAAAAGAAGUUUAUGAAUUUGUUAAAUCUGUUACUGGAUAAAUGUUUGAUUUGGAAGAAUUUCUAAAUAUAUGGAGUUUAAUUUCUUCAUAAAUUACAGAUUGCAUUAAGAAAUCUGAAAUUAAUUUAUCAGAUGGAAUUUUUUAACCUAAAGAAGAAGAAGCUAUUAUUAAAAAAGUUAAAACACAUAAGACUUUGAAAAUAUUAAAAGAAGAAUAAACUACUACAUUACAAAAAGAAUUGCUAGCUUUAUGGAAUGUAAAUAAAUUUAAAAAAUCAAUUCAAAGUAUUAAUAUUCAAUAAUUAUUAACUACUCCAUUUAUGUUAGAAAUUAUAGUAUAAGUAUUACCAAAUAUGGCUAGAAUGUACACAGGAACUUCAAUAAUAAAAGAUAAUUUGAUAAAGAAUUAUAUGAAAUUAUAAAAAUAAACUAACAUGUCACUAACUGCAAGAGAAUUUUAUUAAAAAGAAUAUUAACCAUUUAAUCAAAAUAAUAUAUAAAACUUAAAAAAGUUAGAAGAUGAAAAAAUGCUUAAAGAAGAAAAUGAUCAAGAAUUUAAUAAUUAUAUUGAAAAAACAAAAAUAGAUUAAAUAAUUGAUAAAUUAGAAAGUUAGAAUUUCUUCUAAAAUUAUUCAAUUGUUAGUAUAUUAAAUUAUAAUGAUGACACUAUUAUAUUUGAUGGCUAUAAAGUAAAAUUAAAUCCUGAUGAUAUAAAUUUAGUAAUAAUGUCUUUGAAAAUGAAAAAGUUUACAGUUUUUGAGUUUUAUGACAGCUUUAUUAGUUUUUAUCACGAAUAAUAAAUUCACAAAUAAAGAGAUUCUGGUAAAAUAUCAAAUUAUUAAAAUUUCAAAUAUGACAUUUUUUAAUUCUCUUAUUCUCUAGCUAUCGAUAUGACAAUAAGAGAAUUAUCAUAAAUAAACUACAAGCCAUAAGGGAAACUAGAUUUAAAAAGUAAUUAUAAAAUUGAAUAAGUAAUUGAUGAUUGGUUAAAAUAAUAUUUUGAUGUAGAAGAUGAAUAUAAAAAGUUAAUAAGAAGUUGUAUCUUAUUAAGUGCUAAAGGUAGUUCAUAUUCAUUUACACAUAAAUCCAUUUAAGAAUUUUAUGUAGCUAAAUAUAUUUAUGAUCUUUUAGUAGUCUUGUAUAAUUUUCAUGAUACCUAAAAUGGUAAUGUAAAUCUUGAGAAAAAUAAGUAAAUAUUAUUAAAAUCAGUGUUUAAUGAUCAAAAAUUUAAUAUUUCAACAGAAAACUUCAAGAAUGUAAUAAACUUUAUUAAAGAAAUGUUAAUUAACGAUGAUAGUAUUAUUUAAAAGUUGAUAGAAAUAGUAUAACUCUCAAGAACAGAUACAUAUUGUAGAUCUGCAUCAAACAGUAUAUAUUUAUUAAAAUAUAUGAAUGUUUUUUUGGGAUCUAAAGAUUUUAAUAAUAUUGAAUUAGCCAACACAAAUAUUUCAGGUUUAAGUUUUUUUGAUUGUGAUCUAAGUCAUUCAAAAUUUUAAAAUGUAGAAAUAAAUUCAUGCAAUCUCAAUUUUACUGAUUUAUCAAAUGUAAAAUGGUUAAAUGUUAUAUGUAAUGAAAAACCAUUUCUUAAAGGACACAAAAAAAGAGUUACUGAAGUAAAAUUUUCGUAGGAUGGUUAAUAUAUCAUAUCAUCAGGAGAAGAAAACGAAAUAAAAUUAUGGAAUGCAGAAUCCUUUAAAUACAUUUAAGAUUUAGAAGGACAUACAGGUCCAAUCAAUUCUUUAUCAUUUUCAUCAGAUUCUUCUAUACUUUUGUCUGGUAGUGAUGAUCGUACCAUUAGAAAAUGGAAUUUAAGAGAUGCAAAAGAUCCUCAAAUAAAAAUUAAAAGUGAAAUCUUAGUUUAAUUCGAAAGUAAAAUCUUACAAAUAUAAUUAUCUAAAGACUAAAAAAAGUUAUAUGUAUUAGAUAAAGAAGGGGUUUUUUUAAUUUUGACUCUAUAAAAAGAUGAUUUAAGUUUCUUUGAUAAUUAUGUUUUCAAAAUAGAAAAAUCUUAAAUGGAGUUAUUUGCAUUAAAUCCAAUAGAACCUAUAGUUGCUAUUGUAUAUUACAAUGGCAAAAUUGAAUUAAUAAAUUAUUCAUCAAAAUAGUAUGAAAUACUUAAAACUUUUAUUUAACCUAUUAAGGAUCUAAUAAUAAAAAAUAUUUUAUUUAGUCCAGAUGGAAAUUAUCUUGCAAUAUCAACAAGAAAAGGCGCUUUAGUUUGGGAUAUUAAAAACAUUACAAAUUAAUUUAUAAGUGAAUUUAAUUUCAAUUAUAUUGAACUAUAAUAAAUAUAAUUUGAUUAGAAAAGCGAAUAUUUAGUUUUUAUUACAAAUAGUUUUGUAUUUAAGUAGGAAUUAAAAUAAUAAAAAAUCCAAGACUAAGAGAAAAAAAUAAUUUGUUUGGAAUUUGCAACUUAUUAAAAUGGAAAUUUAUUUGCAAUCGUAUAAGAGAAAAAACUCAUCAUAAAAGAAUUUGCAUAAAUAAUAUAUUCUAAAGAUUUUGAUUUAUAACCAAAAAAGUUGAAAUUUUCAAGCGAUGGCUCUAAAUUAUCCUUUUUUUUAUUACAAGAUGAAAUUAAAUAAAAUUUUUUAAUUUUGGAUAUAUAAAAAUAAGAGAUAAUAUGUAACCUUAAUUGGAAUAAUUAAUUGCAACAUCUUUGUAUUUCAAACAACUUUGAAAAAUUAUUAAUUCUAUUUAAAUUAUUAGAAAAUGAAGCUAUUUAAAUUGAAGGAUGCUAAAUAAUGGAUACAAAAAAAAUAAAUUAAGAUAAUUAAAAUAAGGAAUUAGAUUUUGAAGUUGAAAAAUUUUGUGUUAAAGCAAAUAGUUCAUUAAUUGCUUACAUAACUUUUGAUGCUGAAUCUAUAAAAAUUUAUGAUAUAAAUUUAAAUAAGCAUUUAGAAGAUUCUCUUGUAAAUGAUAAGAAAAAAGUUUAUGAUUUUUAAUUCUCGCCUUCUUAAAACUAACUAGCUGCUGUUUAUAAGGGGGAAUUGGUACUCUAUAAUUUAGAUUCAAAACCAAUUUCAAUAAAAAAAAAAAUAUUUUAAAAUGAUUUAGUAAUUUAAUCUAUAAAUUAUUCUCCUGAUGGUACAUAAAUUGGAUUAGUAUUUCGAGAAUCCUUUUAGAUUUAUCAUUAAAGUAGUGAUAAUGUAGUUGAAAUAAAAGAUAUUUUAUCAUCUAAAGAAGUAACAUUUUCAAUAGAUAAUAAAUUCAUAGGUUUUAUAAAUUAAAAUUAAAGAAUUAUGAUUUUAAAUAAAGAUCAAAACAAUUAAAAUAAAUAAUUGGAUUAUCCUAAUAAGCUUAAAUUAAUAUUUACAUAAGAUAACAAAGCUAUCAUAACUGGAGGUGAAAAUAAACUUACUUUAUUGAAUUCUUCAUCCUAUCAAAUAAUAAAAGAAAGCUUAACUUUUGUAAAUUUUGAAGCUAUGACUUUUUCACAUAAUUUAAAUUUAAUUUGUUUACUGAAGGAUAGAGUCUUAGAAUUAUGGGAAUAUUCAAAUGAAGAAUUUAAAUAUUUAGGAUCAUAAUUGUAUGAUCUUCCAAUUAAAUAGUUAGAUUUUAUAAAUAAUGGUUAGCAGAUAUUAAUAUUAAAUUAGAAUUCAAAAUUAAGAUUAUAGAAAUUGAAUUGUUUUUAAAAUUAAUAAAUAUUUUAAGGAUGUUUUUGUGCAGGAGGCAUUUCAAAUACUGGAUAAAUUGCAUUAGCAGAUGAAGAUAUAAUUAAAAUAUACGAUUCAUAAUUUUAAUAAACAUAAACAUUAAAUUUUGAUGGAAUAAAAUAUUUAGAGUUCUUUGAAAUAAAUUAAAAUUAGUUAUUAAUUAUAUUAUCGACAAAGAUAAUCAUCUAUAAUUACAAGAAUGAUGAAAAAAGUAUUAUUUAUUUAUAACUUUUUGUUUAAAAUGAUUAUAAAGUCAAUUUAUAUAAUGAUUUAAUCAUAUUUUAAUAAGAAAAUGUUACAAGUAUAUGGAAUGCAAGUGACUUUAAGAAAAUUUAAUUAUGUGGAUAUCAUGAAAAUAUUUAUUGCUUUUCUAUUUUAGAAAACGAGAAAUAUGCACUAGGAAUAAAAGAUGGGUAAGAGAUUGAAAUAAAGGAUGCAUUUAAUGUAAUAUAUGCUCAUCCUAAUGAAAAUACUUAAAUUUAUUAAAUAAUAAUUACUAAUGAAUAAUACAUUAUUUUGACAGAAUCUUAAAAUCUUUUAGUUUAUCAAAUAGAUUAAAAGUCAACCAUUGAAUUUUAAGAUAAUGUAUUAGGGAUUACAUAUUUUAAAGAAAGAAAUUAAAUAGCAAUAAUAACAAAAAAUAAAAUUUAAUUGAUUGAAUUUUCAAUGAAUUAAUUUAAUAUUAUUGAUUCCUUUGAUUUUGAUCAUAAGGCAAAAUCUUUUUGUAAUCUUUCUAUUUCAGAGAAUGGAGAGACUCUGUUGAUAAAUUCAAGUAAAUUUAUACAUUUAAUUCAUAUUUCAAAUAGUAGAAAAUUGAAUUAUUAACAGUUUUAUUUUUCUUUUGAAGGAUUAGGAUUUGAUGGUUUAAUAAAAUAAAUACAAAUGUUUUCAGAACUAGGAACAUCUAAUAAAUAACAUUAUUUAGUUUCGAUUAAUAAUGAUACAUUUAAAAUAUAAGAAUUAUAGAAUUGUAACAAAACAGUAUAAAUUUCUUCUAGAAGAAAUUUAAAAAAAUUUGAAUUGAGUUUAGAUGAAAAAUUUAUUUUUUUUGUUGUUGACAGAGAAGGCUGGAUUUUUAAUAAUAAAAUUUAUGGAUUUACAACAGCAAAUGAUGAUUGCAUUUAAAUUAACUCUUUCUGUAAGGCAGUUGGAGGAGAUUCAUAUAUUUUCCUUAAUAAAAUAAAUAAAAUUGUUUUAUUAUCAGCUUAAACAACAUCUUCUAUAGAAAUUGAUAUAAAAAUAGAUGAAGUAACUUGCAUUGAGUUCUUAUCAUAACAGAAUGUAUUAGUUUUGAGCACAGUGAAGAAUAAUAUUAUAUGUUACGAUUACAAAGCAAAAAAGAUUAUUGGAACCCUGAAAGGACAUUGGAAAACAAUUAAUUCUAUGGCAGUUUCAACAAAUGGAAGUGUGCUUGCAUCAGCAAGUGAUGAUUAAUUAAUAAAAGUAUGGAAUAUUAAUUAAAAUGAAACAUAAGAAAUUAUGUAAGCUCAUUUAAAUUCAAUAAGUGCAUUAGCUUUUUCUUAAGAUGGAUAAAUACUUGCAUCAGGAAGUUUAUAGAAUUCAUAAGAUGAAGUUCCAAUAUUUCUUUGGGAUCUUAUUGAUAAAAAAUUAAUUGUUUAAUUAAAUGGACAUUAAAGUUCUAUUAAUUGUAUAGAAUUUUCUUAUUGUUCAAGAUUUUUAAUUUCAGGAGAUUAAGAUGGAGUAAUAAUUAUUUGGAACAUUCAAUAUCCUAAAACAACAUAAAUAAUUUACAUUAUGGAUGAAUUAAAUAUAAGCAUUAAUUCUCUUACCAUUUCUCCUAAACAAUAAAACUUUAUUACAAUUUGCAAUUUAGAUAAUAUAUAAAAGUGGAACUUUUAGAAAAUAAAAUAAUUAAAAUAGAAAACCAUAAUUUUAAAAUUAUAAAAGAAACCAACUCGCAAAAUCCAUUAAAUAUACAACUUUAUUUCAGAUCAAUAGUUUAUUUAUGUUGACUCUAGUUUUAAUUUAACAAUAUUAAAUAUACAAACUUAAAAAUCAAAAAUUUUAGAAUAAAAUAAAUGCAUUUUUAGAAUUAUACCAUCAAAAGAUCACAAUUUUAUUUUAUGUUUUGAAAAAUUUGGAACUAACUCUUGGUAGAAAAACCAGGAAAAAAAAUGGUUCAAAUAAAAUUUAUAUAUUCCUAAGUCAUAAUCAAAUUUUAUUUUACUUAGUCUUGAUGGUCAAUUUUUAUAUAUAAUUGAAAAAAUUGAAGAUAAAUAAAAUGAUUUGGAUAAUAAAAAAUCAAGAAGAAUUUAGUUAUAUGAUAUGAAUAAAACAAAUUCUUAAUAUGAGAAAAUUAGAUAUUAAUUUGAUUAAGAAGAACCUUUAUAAGGGUUUUUGUCAUUAGAUUUAACUCUAGCUAUAGUUAUUUAUAAAUCAGAAAUUAGAAUAUUAGAUAUAAAAAAUAGAAAGAAUAAUAAGAUAUUGAAAAUAAGUUUAGAACCAUGUAAAAUUGCGAUUUCUGAUGAUAAUAAAUAUUUAGCUUUUUGUUAAAUAAUACCUAAUUAAUAAAAUUAAUCUUUAAAAAUAAGUAGCAGUAUUUAUAUAUGGGAAUUUUAAAAUCAAAAUAUCUUGAUACCAUUAGAAAUUACAAAUUAAAAUUUGUUAGAAAUAGAAAAUUUUUAUAUUUCUAGCCUUGAUUCCAACAAAAUCUAUGCUAUCUAUUCAGAUGGCACUGUUAGAAAUUGGAAUAUAAAAACAAAAUAGGCGGAAUUAAUCAAUUUUUCGGUAAAAAUUCCUCGAAAGGCAUAAUUAAAAUUUUCUAAUAACUUUUAAUUUUUAAUAACUUGUGAAUAAACUUGUAUAUCCGUAUGGUAAAUUAAAAAUCCGUAAAAUUAUUUUGAAAUAAUUAGUAAUAAUUAUUCUUAGAUAAUUUUUUCCAAAAAUGAAGAAAAUUUUACAAUAGCAUUUGCUUAAAAGAAUAAAAACAAUAAAUUUGAAAUUGUUUUGAAGAAUUUUAAUAAACAAUGUGUAAUUGAAAUUUAAGAAGUAAUCUCAUUUUUAAUAGCUUUUACAAAUAAUGAUUAAGGAUUGAUUUUUUGCCAAUGUAUGAAAAUAUGUCUUUGGAAAAUAGAUGAAUCACUAAAUUAUGAAUUAAUAGGAUAUUGGUAAUUACCAGGAGAGUAAAGAAUAAUGGAAUUUGGAUAUGAUUUUUAAGAAUAAGAAUUAACUGUAUUAUAAAAGAAUGAAAUUAAAGUAUUUAAAUUAAUUCCAGCUGUUCACUUAAUAGAUUUUGAAGAAAUAACAAUUCAAUCAACUUGUUUUUCUCCUGAUAAUAAGUAUUUUAUUUCUAUAAACCCUUUUUUAAGUAUAUAUUAAAUAGAAGAUCUUUAAACAAUCAUUCAAAACUAAGAAUUUAUAGGAUAAAUGAUUCAAUUUUAAUCAAAUGAAAUUUUAGUAAUUUUGAAUAAUAAAGAGCUUUAAUUUAUUAAUAUUUCUAAGAUUGAUAAAAUAGAAGAAAUUAAAAAGAUUACCUAUUAAAAUUAAAUCUGUGACAUUGUGUUUAGUUUAAAUUAUUCAUUAAUAUAGUAUAAAGCUUUUGAAAAUUCAAAAAAAAUAAAAAAAAAUAAUCCUGUAAAAAAAUAUACAUUGAAUCAAAAUAAUAAAUUAAACGAAAAUUUUUUCUUAGGCAUUUUUCAUUCAACAAAAACACCACUAUUCAGUUAAAAUGGAUAGUAUUUUGCAUUAGAUAAUCAUUCAAAUAAUAUCAAAAUAGUCAGUACAGAACAAAUUAAAUUAUUAAGCUCUGAAUAAUGUAGUAUUUUAGAUAAAAAAAUUAAUCAUGGUUAGAUAUUUUAUUCUCCUUGUGGAGAAUUAAUAUAUUUAUUUACACAUAAUAGUAUUAAAAUUUUAGAUUCUAAUACUAUGAAUUUAAUGAUUUAAUAGGACUUAGAUUUUGAGGUAAAAGAGAUUGAAAUAUGUUAAAAUUGGAACUAUUUUGCUUUAAUGGGCUUAAACUUUGUUAAAAUUUAUUUAUUCUAAAAUAACAAAGAGUUUAAUAUUUAUAGGACAAUUGAAGAAGAUUAAAAUACAAUUAAAUGUAUUGCAUUAUCUCCUAAAGGAGAUCUUUUAUUAACAGGUUUAUAAAAUUAAUUAGACUUUACAAAUUCCAUUUCAUUAUGGAAUAUAAAGGAAUGUAAGAUGUUAUGUACAAAUAAUUAAAUACAUGAUUAGAUAUAGAUUCUUAAAUUUUACCCAAAUGGAACUAAUUUUGCAGUUGGUUUAAAAGAUGGAUCUGUUAAUUUAUUUUCAAUUGAUAUUAAAUAAACUAAUUACUAUAAAAAAAUAGAGUCAAAGAAAAAUGAAAAUACUUAAAAUUAAAUUAGCUAGAUUAAUGAUUAGUAUAAAAUCUUUUGUUAUUAAUCAUUUGCAUAGUAAUCAUUAUUGUAUGCUCAAGAAUGUAUUUUAUCAGAAUCAACUAUUAUGUCAGAUCAAAAAUCAAUUAUUGAAAUAUUACAUCAAAAAGGUGCAAAAGGUUGA